CUCGCGCUAGCCCUGCCGACGGCGAGGUGAGUGACGGCCGCUACUGUGAUCGUCCGUUGUGAAUUAUUAUCAACAAUCAGUUGUGCGGUGCCGUGUGACGUAUUUUCGAGAGCAAAUUCCUCCGCCAGCACCUACCGCGAUCAACAAACAAUCGAAAUUUGUUUUAUUUUGGGAAAUGAAACAAUUAAUUGAUCCGUGAAGAAUUACUCUAAUUGGCCAACUGAUUUGCAAUCGAAAUACAUCCAUCCAUCCAUCCAUCAAAAGAAGAAGACAUUUGUGCGUGUGUGUGUGUGUGUACUACAUGACACAGGCAAUCUACCGUGUUCAAUUGGGAGAGAUAGCGAGAGUGAGAGAGUGGGCGCUAGAUAUCCUCAUCGUUAGAUAAUCAACGUGAUUAAGGAGGGACGAGGCAAAUCAAAAGAGAGAGGCCAACAUAUAUAGAGAGGCAUCAUCGGCAGCAAUAUCUCUCUUCUAGAAUAUUAUCGGAGCGGUUGGCUGUUGGCUAUAGCUGGCGCCGCUCAGGCCGGGGGUUUCUAAGUGCUUCAAGGGGCGGAGCUUGUUUUUCCCCCCAUCUUCGACGCCCAUUUGAUAUUCCAUUAGCGGAAUUGGUUUUGAUGGUCUCGCCGUGUGCCCUGACUGCCUGCCCCCACCACCGCUGCACACACACACACACACACACGUCCUAGACAACUACACUUGGGAAAGUGAGUCUACACCCACCACCUACUAUACAGGCUUAUAUAACGGCGGCGCUAACAACAGCGGCGGCGGGGAGCAAAGGAAAAAAAGGGGGAACCAAAUAUUUUUCUUUUUAAAAUAAAAGGGAAAAGUGUUGUGUGCGCCAGCAGCAGCUUUUUGCCGCCAUCUCCCAGUUCUCUCUCUCUAUCAUAUCAGCGCAACUAUAUCUACUCGCCAUCUAUCUUCACUUAUUUCUCGUCGCACUUUUGCCAGCGCCAAAAUGACCCGACAGUUUUACUGAUUUUCUUUUCACGAAUUUCUCUUUUCUCCAGCAUUUCUCCCGUUUUGUAUUUGAUGCGCUCUCUUUUCUUGUCCGGCGAUGGCCAAAAGUGAACGGGAAAAUUGAAUCAAAAUCCGCAUUCGUCUAUCUCAAAAGUGACGAACAAAUUUCUCUUUUCUCUCCUCGGCUCAAUCGCGGCUCCUGUGUUGUGGCGUUCGCAUUGCGCUGGCGCUAUACCCAUCUCCUCUCUCUUUGCCACCACCAGUGUCGAGUGCGAGUGCCAAAUAUAAUAUCUAGGCCUGUGCCGAGUGCGUGGGUCGGCCUCGGCCGCUUUUCAGUGUCAGUGCAAGUGUCGGACGGCCAACUUCCUUUCAACUCCGCUCCUGUGUGUGUUUCUCUACUGUGCUCUUAGAUAUUAUACAUGAAUUACACUCGGUCCUUUUCUUCUAUACGCACACAGCGCUCGAUGGUUCCGCCACAUUUUCUCUCUCUCUCCAUUGUUGUGGAUAAUAUAUCGCCAGCAGAGCUCGUGAAAGAGAGCGCCGAGUAGUCGACAGGAGGAGGAGCAGCUGGAGCCAAGUGCAAAGGAACAUCCGAGUGGGAGAUUCGCAUUACAUGAGAGGAAAGGAAUUCAAAUAAGGAUUGAAAGGGGAGAUGCACGUUGAAUGCCUUUUCGGAUCGUCGGGGACAACGAAACUGGACGUUUUCUAAUCAAGUGACCCGUUCGCAUUUCGAGUCGACCGAGUGGAAUGCCGCACGACCAGCAACAUCCUCCAAUGGCGGCAUAGAGUCACAGAAGUGGCAAUAUUUUCCAACCCGUUGGAUUCAGUGCAGUGAUGACGUCCUCCAGCAGGAUCACAGCAGCAGUCGACCAAUAAGUUGCCCGAUUUGAAAUCCCCGCCAAAAUCGAAUCUCUCUGAAUUUAAACGAAUAAUAAAAGAUAAAAAAGAAACCAAAAAAUCAGAAAAUCCAUUUUUUUGGCCAGCCGGACAACCGCUGUGAGAGCAUAAGGCAAGAGCCCGUCCCGAUGACGGGGUGCUCUGGCGCCAGCUGUGGAGGCUCAUGUCGUCUACGUCGCCGAUGUCGGCCAGCGCUGGCGGCGGCAACGGUAACAGACGGCGGGGCGUCUUCUCGCUGGGCAAAUAUCGUCUGCCGGUGGUCGGAUCGUCAACUACAAGCAUCCAGCAGCAACAGCAACAGCAUCUCAUCGACAGCAGCAGCAAUUCGGGCGGAGGAGGAGGAAGCCGGGCCGUCAAGUACACGCCGCGCGGACAUCCGCUCCAGCAGCAGCAGCAGGCGGACACGUCGUUGUUUCACAGCUCACGCGACAACGGCCAGCACCAGGACGAUGAACUGGAAGAGAUUGCCGUCGUCUCCGUCGUCUCGGGCGUCCAAUCCGGCCAGCUCACUUACGGAUCAGCCGGAUCGUCCAUGGCUAACGGACCCAGAGUCGUUCCAGGUAUUAUCACGUCAGCGCGAUUGAUGGAGGAUCGUCUGAGCGGUUCCGGAACGCGAAUCAACACAGUGGCGUCGAGCACCAGUGGACUGUAUGCGGCCGGAGGCGGUUCGAUCGCGUCGUCCACUGCGGUAGCCAGCGGAUCAACUUCCGUCGUUGGCGGCCCUCCGUCCUUGUCCCGGAACCGUUCCUUCUCCAAACAUUCCCUUUUAGAAAUAGUCAGUAGUCGAAUUAGCAGCGGCGGUGGGACGAGCUCGGUGGAGAGCAGCGGCGGCGGCGGCGUUGGACUGACCAAGCGCUUCUCCCGCGAAUCUUUUUCGGCGGCCUGCGUCAACAAGACGCAACAGCCGCAACAACAACAGUUGUUGCAAGCCAACGAUGCGUCGUCGUCGGGCACGGAACUGAUAGCGUCGUCGACAACGAGGAGAUCGCGAGACGCCCGCCGUCGGGAUCUCAAGAACAAGUUGAAGCUGGAACGCAACUGGGACGCCCGUCAGCUGGAGCUCGGUGGCAACAGUGGUGCUCACAACUUUUCUUCGAUUGGAGUGGGUGCUAAUGGCGUUGGCUCAUCGUCCGGACCGAGGAGUGGGUGCAAGUGGACGUUUGUUUUCGAUCCGGCCGGCCGUUUGUGCUACUAUUGGUCGAUGGUGGUCUCGUUGGCCUUCCUCUACAACUUCUGGGUGCUCAUCUACCGCUUUGCCUUCCAGGAGAUCGCCAGCGACACGCUGGUGAUGUGGUUGUGUCUCGACUACUUUUGCGAUUUGGUCUACGUCCUUGACAUUGCCUUUCACUUCCGGACGGGCUAUCUGGAAGAGGGCGUGUUGCAAACGGACGCCAGCAAAUUGCGACAGCACUAUAUGAACUCGACAACUUUCUACGUCGAUUGCCUUUGCCUGCUCCCGCUCGACUUCCUCUACUUGUCCAUUGGUUUCAAUUCCAUGUUGCGUUGCUUCCGGCUCGUCAAGAUCUACCGGUUCUGGACGUUUAUGGACCGGACGGAGCGGCACACUAACUACCCCAAUGUGUUCCGCUCCAUCAGUCUCGUCCACUAUCUCCUAGUCAUCUUUCACUGGAACGCUUGCCUCUAUCGCAUCGUCAUGCGUAAUAACAGUUUCGAUCCGUCUCUCAUCCGCGAGUACGGCCUCUGGAUGGGCCAGCCGACCGACCCCAACGACGGGGUCGGCCAAUACCUGCAGAGCUUCUACCUGUGCACGCUCACGCUCACCACGACCGGAGGAGUCCUCAAGCCUCGCACCAAGGGCGAGCUGCUCUUCGUCAUCAUCCAGCUCAUCUUCGGGCUCAUGCUGUUCGCCACCGUUCUUGGCCACGUCUCCAAUAUCGUCAUAAACGUCAGCGCAGCACGCAAAGAAUUCCAGGCCAAACUGGACGCGGUGAAGACGUACAUGCGGAUGAGACGAGUGCCGCGACACUUGCAAGUCAAAGUCAUCAAGUGGUUCGACUACUUGUGGUUCACACAAAAGAGCUCGGACGAGGAGAAAUCCGUUGGCGGGUUACCAGACAAACUCAAAGCGGAGAUUGCCAUUCACGUUCAUCUGGACACACUGAAGCGGGUGGAGAUCUUCCAGAACACUGAAGCCGGCUUCCUGUGCGAGCUCGUUCUCCGAUUGAGACCUGUCCUCUUUUCACCGGGCGAUUACAUCUGUCGGAAAGGGGAAGUAGGCAAAGAAAUGUACAUUGUCAACCGUGGGAGACUUCAGGUGGUAGCUGACAAUGGACGAACUGUUUUGGCUACCCUGAAAGCUGGCUCUUACUUCGGAGAGAUCAGUAUUCUCAACAUGGGGACAGCAGGCAACCGGAGAACAGCUUCAGUCCGUUCGGUGGGCUAUAGCGACUUGUUUGUGCUCUCCAAGAAGGAUAUGUGGGAUGUUCUUAAAGAGUAUCCGGCAGCCAGAGUUCGACUAGAAGCCAUCGCUGUCAAGCGAUUGGAAAAGUACAAAAAAGCUCCACUCGAAAAAGCUGCCCUUGGACGGAGUCAUUCGACGCCCGGUCUCGUCGAGUCCAGUGGACGUAUUCCCCUAGAGAGGAUGGAGCUACCCAACACACAACCUCUUCAUUUGCCGUCCAAUAACGAUUCAGCCAACAUCUUCAGAUCGAGCGGUGGGUCCUCUUCAUCGACCGGCGCUGGCGUAGAGAGUCGUUGCAGCUUCCGAACGAGCAGAAGGAGUUCUACACUGCAACAACAGCCGCUUCUAACUCCUCAAUUCUUUGGCGAUCCAUCGUCUGGUGGCCUGUUGACGCCGUCAAUAUUUUUAGCGUCAGGAGGUGUAAGCAGCCGGAGUACUUCUCCGGCUAGAGAUUUGGCGGUAACCGAGCCAUCAUCAGUUCUGAAGACCUUACCUCCGGCCGACGCACUAGUGGCCGAGAUCAAUCGGUUACGUGAAAGGUUGCUUAUGCUCGAGUCGGAGAAUACUUCUCUCAGUGCAAAACUCAACCGACAGCAAUGGGAAGUGGAAAAUCGCCUGGCCGAAAUCGAAAUGCAAAUCUGUGGGGCCGGAAGUCCUGCUGACAGUGCCACCGAUGACAACGAACGCAAUUUCGAAUCGGCUAUUUAAUGGAGUUCCAUCAAUCGAGUCUUACACUUGCGUGAGCUGUGACAAUUAAAUAGAAGUGUUGCAAUGCUCCAUUGUGCUCUUUUCGUUGUUUUGCUUGUGUACAAAUGCGAACAGAAAAGAUAUGACAAACAUUCAUUGAAACUGCAAAGAAAUUUUCCUCUUCGUUGAUGAUCUCUAUAAAGUGUGUGUUAAAGUGACGCCGAAAUUCCAAAAAUGUUAUUACUUCAAGGAUUGUUGUUUUGUUCUCAGUGCACAAUAGCCGCCACUAUAUCACCAGCCAGCAACAGUCAGCAGCCGGGGUUGUCCGCAAUGAUCGUUUGUGUGCGACUAUGAUCUCCUUGCCGUGAUGGACCCGCCCCCUUCGGUUUUGUUGCGUUUGAUUCAGUUUCUCCUGGCCACGUAAGAUUCCUCCUCCGUAUUCAUGCUAUAUUUCCCGAACCGUUACGUUAGAUUUUCUUCUUGCUUUUUACUAUACACACUGUCCCUGUUUGACUCCUAGUCUGCCAUUCAUAGCCUCACUCUUUCCUCUAUCUUCAAUAGAUCUUUCAGCUAAAAAAUUUGAUUCGAAAAAACAUUGUUACGAUACCACCGGUAUCCAUCCACCGCUGUCAAUACGUAGCGCCAAUCGUCGAGAAUGAAUUUACACUGUACAGUAUGCAUUCAAGAUUGUUUUAAUCUCACCAGACCUUUUAAUUCUAUUUGAAAGUUCCAUUGUCACUGUUUCACUCCAUUUAAAACAAACCACGAAAACAAUGAUGAGAAAACAACAGAAUACAAGCCCGUUGGAUAAUGUUA